AUGAACAAGUGCGAUUUGGAGGAUCAGCUCCCUGCACUGACAUCACGGCGCCAGAAGCAAAAUAAUUAUGCAUUUAUGCUUCACGAACUAGAUAAGGGCGAUCGUCCAGGCGCGUGGGGUAAGACAGCUCGUUUCGGGGCCUUGAAACCAGCCAUCGCCUUCCACAUCAAGCACAAUACAUGA